UUACUCUUUGCUACUGCCUAGCCUGCAAGUAUUUUCGUUCACUAAAUCAGUAAAUGCAUGAGGUGGCUUACGACUCAACGCAAACAAUAUUUCUCCCUGUCAUAUGGUUGGUGAUUCUGUCAAGUAAAGAAGGGUAAUAUUGUAAAAAUGUCAUCAUUUGGACCUCCUCCUAAGAAGAAAGGCACUAGUUCAAACAGCAGGGGUACCAAUCAAGCAGGCGAUGGAAAACGUACGGGGAGUUCCGGGGGAGCUGUCGGUUCUGGAGCCGCUAGACCGUCUCAAAGGCUAAAUCCCAAGACAGUUGAUCCAUUCACAAACCAGAAAAAGUCCAAGUCCGCAUUUGAGACAGUGUAUGUGAGUGGAGGUGUACCUUGCAGGCUUGUACAUGGUUCAGUGAAGCACAAGCUUCAAUGGGAGAGUAAUCCAGAAGACAUUCCCUAUGAUCCAGUGCUACUUACACUAGCAGAGGGUUUGAAGGAAUUUAAGCAUCCGUACCAGUUUGUGGCUCAGCAGGGCUUCAAAGAAUUACUCCAAAUUGAAGGUGCACAUGUCAAGGCUGUACCACUUCUCACAAGGCUCAUUCCACCCCUGCGUGCGGCAUUGGGUUCAGGCAAUGAAUCUGUGUACCUAGGAGCAGUGAUUGCAUUAGUUGACCUUAGCGGUGCAGUUGGUCCACAUCUCAACUCACAUCUCAAGUCAGUGCUUGCCUAUUUAUCAAAACACCAGAAUGAUAAGAAGUUCAGGGACCAGAUUUACUCAGCUCUUCAAGAAAUUGAACAGAAUUGUGGAAGGGAGAGUGUCCCUAUCAUCAAGUCCAAGAUUCCAACAUACACAUCAAUAACCUGAAAGGAUCCAACCCAGUCAUGUGAACAUAGAUCUAUGAAGAUUCCGUCCAUACAAGCAAAUUACCUGAGGCAAUAGGUUGCAUGCUGGUAUUUUUAGAACUUGUAAAUACAGUUCUAUUUCUCUAUGUGUCAGAGUUUAAUCUUGAUUCUGUAUGUAUUGUUAUUAUUAUUAUUAUUGAAAUGUGAUGAAAUAGACCAUCACAAUUUCAGAGGUGAUACACACUUGAACUCUCAAAAAAUAUGAUUUGUUUGUUGUUGUUUUUUGUGUUUUUUGUGUGGGGGGGGGGGGGAUAAAGCUGUAGUCCAGUGUUUCUAAUAAUGAUACCUAUAACUUAUGAUGAAGGUAGGCCCCACUACAUGUAUUUAAAGCUUACAGUAAAACAUAUUUAAUGACUGUUGUGCAUGAAUCCGUUUGAAAAAA